AUGAUUGGAUCGUCUGGUUUGUCAGACGGGUGCAUCUCGCAAAGUAUUGAGUCAUUGGCGAAGGAGUAUGAUGAGGUGUUAUGCAAGGCUUUGGACAAGCUAAAAGAACUCGCGCUAUUGUCGUUCGACCUAAUGCUCCUUGGUAUAAUUAGGAGAUCGCUAUUCAGAAGAAGAAAAGGCGAAGGCUCGAACGUAAAUGGUGUUCGACUGGUUUUGAAAUUGACAGGGUAAAUUAUUUGGAACAGUCAGGAGCCUCCUGGAACAGUGCAAUGUUGUAAAUGAUAUGCUCUAUAAGGCGAAAGAACAGCAUUAUUACUUUUUCGCACAGUUGAUAAAUUACUGCAAAGGAGUAUAGACAAAAGAUAUCCGUCUGCGAACAGUGACCAAGAUCUCGCAAAUGCCUUUGCUGAUUUCUUUAGUGCCAAUAUUGUGCGAAUUCGUGAUGAGUUGCUGGUUAGAAAAGAGCAGCUGGGGGAGCGCACUAUGGAGGAUUUUGAGGUACGUCAUGCUUUAGCGAGUUCACAGUGGUAACAGACAGAUGAAGACGUCUUAGGGUUGAUUAGGGGUUCAACUAUUAAGGUUUGCGCACUGGAUCCACUUCCAGCGAGUACCAUGCGGAAAUGCUAUUCUAGUCUUGUCCCUAUAUUUAGAAGGGUGAUCAAUUUGUCAUUGUCAUCUGGAUUGCUGCCCAAGGAACUUAAGGUCGCGCUGCUGUGGCGAUAAUGAUCUACACGAGCCUCUUCAAUCAGCGUACAAGAUAUUUCAGAGCACCGAGACUGCACUUCUCACUGUUACAAAUGACAUUAUGCUGUCAUUGGAUAAGGGCGAGAAUGUUUUCCUUGUUUUAUUGAAUCUGUCGGCAGCAUUUGAUACCGUUUGGCAUCAAAGGAACUGUGUUCUGCAACGGUUCGAUUUUUAUCUUUCUCAAAGAACUCAGUUUGUUAACAUCAAUGAGGCGAAUUCUACGGUACGAGAUCUUCCCGUGGGUGUUCCCCAAGGUUCAGUUCUGGGACCUGUACUCUACCUUCUGUAUACAGCGCCACUUGCUAAAGUGAUAAGAUCUUAUGGCUUGGAUUAUCAUCUAUACGCCGACGAUAUUCAGUUAUACUUUGCAUUCAAAUUGGUGGAUGUGGACGCUACUAAAUCGAGGGUCGAGAACUGCAUUUCUGCAAUAUGUCGCUGGAUGGAUCCCAACGAAUUGAAGCUAAACCACGACAAGAAGGAGGUCAUGCUCAUACACUCAAAGUAUCGUCCCUCUCCAUCCCUUCAGUCCUUAUGUGUUCGUGAUGAGAGCGUGGCUGCCUCUCAGUCGGCUAGGAGUCUUGGUGUUAUCUUUGAUGAGCACAUGUCUUUUCAUACACGUGUCUAGCAUCUGUAGAUCAUCAUUCUAUCAUCUCAGGAACCUAUCUAGAAUUAGGAAGUAUUUCACUAAAGAAUCAGCAGAAGUUGCUGUUCAUGCAUUUGUCACAUCGAAACUAGAUUAUUGUAAUGCAUUACUAUAAGGCCUACCUAAGUAUCAGUUACAAAGAUUGCAGUAUGUACAAAACACGGCGGCUAGAGUUGUGUUGCAAGUGAGUAAGUUUCAGCAUAUCACACCUGUUUUGUGCGAGCUUCACUGGCUACCGAUUCGAUAUCGUAUUAUUUUCAAGAUUCUGCUCCUCGUGUAUAAAUCACUGAAUGGUACACCGCCUAGCUAUUUAGCUCAGAAACUACAUUAUCGUUCUCAUACUAGAUCAUUGAGGUCUGUUAGUAAUGAACUUUUAAUGCAACCUAGAUCGUAUACCAAGACCUACGGAGAUAGAGCAUUCGCUGUUUAUGCACCAAGAGAAUGGAACUUUAUACCCUAUGAAAUUCGGAAGUCCAACACCAUCUCGAGUUUUAGAAGAUCACUUAAGACGUACUUGUUUACUAAAUUCUGUUAUAACAGAUCAUUGUUGCUAUAAGAUUUGUCUAUAUUGCGUUAGUUUUAAUUUUUCCCUUUUUUAAUCAUUGUGAAUAAAAUAGUUGAAUAGUUGCUUUAGUUUUAAUAUUUUCGUUUUUUUUUACUUAUUGUAAAUAUAAUUAGGAUAUGGUUGUAAAUUUGUGAAUAUUUAUCAAUAAUGUUGUUUACAUGACUGUAAAGCGCCUUGAACUAUAGAAAAAAAGUUAUUAUUAUUAUUAUUAUUGUUAUUAGACGCCGGGUUAACAAGGGUAAAAACAAUUGAUGUUUAUGUUGUGUUUAUGCCACAUAACGACUGAUGAGUAGACGUAAUUAUUACAACACAGGCUGAAUCCCCUCAGUCUUGUGUGAAUACCCGAAUUAAGCUUGCGUUCUGAUUGGCCACAAAACAAGAGCGAGAUUUCCCUCGUUGGUCUUGCAAGAAAAAGUUCGCUUUCUGGCAUUAUGAUAAUUAUAUAAACUAUUUACUUACCAAGUUUGUUCGGUCAAGAUGGCUGGAGACUGGCCUUGCUUUUUUUGCGAUUUAACUGACCUCGACUUCGUCGCGGUCCAUAAAAAAGCAAAAAAGGACGUUAUGCAGAGUCCAGCCAUCUUGACCUCACGCUUGAUCAUUGUAUGUAUAGCAAAAUGUUUACCAACCAAGAAAAAGAGGAUAUCAGAGUUCUUUUUGUCAUGAUGAAGGAACUAAAAAGGUCCCCGGUGUCCCCAGUUCUCUGUGCCUUCUUAAGAGCGAAUUUUUCUGGAGACCAGGUGAAAUCGAAAAAUCGCGGCACAUGAUGGAAAAAUACCUUCCUCAUAUUUCGUCCAGAGAUACCUUAUAGAGAGUCAAAAAAUGUGGUGUAUUUUUUUGCAGAAAUAUUUUUUUCUUUUCCAGAAAAUUCUCAAAAACUGCAACGAGGGGGCCACCGCCACAAAAUGACCAAACUAAAAGAGACAAGUAAGGGUACAAGAAGUUUGCUCUUCAAAGCGCAGAAAGAACUUAGGGAUUCUUAAAUUUAUAUAUGUACGUAGGAGGUAUUGGCAAAUGAUUUAAGGGUAAUAACAGGAUUGUAACGGUUAUUUUGAAUUCCCGGUAAUUUUUUGAAAAUCACUAAUAUUUCUUGAUCGUAAAAUUUCAUUUCGGAGCAGAUUUUCAAGAAAACUUUUGCUAUGCGGAAAUGACUUGAAAUUAAUUUUCCUGCUAUGUACAAAUGGCCUUCUUUCCAUUCACUGCUACGAAAAAGUCCGCUAAACUUUGAGGAAAUCACGAUGAAUUCCAAACGCCGACUCCAGCAGAUCCUGUACAAGACCCUGAUGAUCAAUUCCAAACAUUUGCUCCAGCAGAUCCUGUACAAAACGUUAACGAUGAAUUGCAAAAAUCGGCUCCAGCAGAUCCUCUACGAAACCCUAACGAUGAAUUGCAAACAUUGGCUCCAGCAGAACCUGCACAAAACCCUAACGAUGAAUUCCAAACGUCUGCUCCAGCAGAUCCUGUACAAGACCCCAAAGAUGAAUUCCAAACCUUGGCUCCAGCAGAACCUGUACGAAACCCUGACGAUGAAUUCCAAACAACAGCUCCAGCAGAUCCUGUGCGAGACCCUGACGAUGAAUUCCAAACAUCAGCUCCAGCAGAUCCUGUGCGAGACCCUGACGAUGAAUUCCAAACAUCAGCUCCUGCAGAUCCUAUGCGAGACCCUGACGAUGAAUUCCAAACAUCAGCUCCAGCAGAUCCUGUGCGAGACCCCGACAAUGAAUUCCAAACAUCAGCUCUUGCAGAUCCUGUGCGAGAGCCUGACGAUGAAUUCCAAACAUCAGCUCCAGCAGAUCCUGUACAAGACCCUGACGAUGAAUUCCAAACAUCUGUUCCAGAAUCUGCUGAAGCGGAAUCCUACUGCACCAAAGCAUUUUUAAAAUGA